AUGCCGCGCACCGACGAGGCCGAGGCCUUCUUCCACGCCGUCUACGCCGCCGUCCAAGAGAUCCCCUUCGGCAGGGUGACGACCUACGGCCACAUCGCGAGGCUCAUCGGAACCCCCGAACGCCCCCGCCAGGUAGGCAUCUGCCUCAAACACCUCCCCUCCGACCCGGCGUCGCGGUUCAACAACGAGACCGUCCCGUGGCAGCGCGUCAUUAACGCCAAGGGCACAAUCUCGCCGCGCUCUCAACCCUCCGGCGCUCGCAGCCAGGCCGCCGCUCUCGAGGCCGAGGACGUCGAGGUCUCGCGGACCGCCAUGGGCGAGUUUCACGUUGACUUUGAAAUCUACGGCUGGUUUCCCGAGGUCCUUCCUUCCGAAGAGGCCAGCGGCGGGCAGUGA